CGGAGGGCGUCGACAAGGGGAAAAGCUUACCGUAGUCGGAACUGAAUCGUUGAGGCUCGUCGUCCACGAUUAUCGAGAUCCCUUCAAGAGGUCAUAACGGAAUGGCUGUCGUUUACCUUUUGAUUCUUUUCCUUGCAAAACCACUUGUGGCCCAGAGAAUAAGUGGUGAUGUGGUGAAAUGGUCGAGGACUGUGCUGGACCUGAAUGGUGAACCCCUUAAGGUAGAGGAGAGCGUAGUGGUGACAGAAAAUGACAAGGAGGUCACUGUGCUGAUGAACUCUUCAGACCCAGCUCUUGCUCGAACCCCAUUCAUCGGAACUGUUACCCUCCAUGAUUUUAAACUGGGCUUGUUGGCCAUGAAGCCCCAAGGAGUUGAGUUGUGCUUUUUCGGAAAAGUGGCCAGGUCGUACGACGAGGUGUUGGCAGAGAUCAAAGUCAGAGCGGAAACAGGGUACAACCCCUACGUGGCAGAGCCCCGAUGGAUGUCACGGCCAGCUCGGUCGGAAUCACGUACCACGGGUAGCAACGUCUUGGAUAAGUUUUGUGAAGGGAGGAAACUCAUGCCCGUGGUGGAUGUGGAUAACUGGGGUCAAACUUGCGACCCUUGGAACCCUAUAUUUCAUCCCAUUUUGUGCUUUUGGAUUCGAAUCCAUAUCGUGAUUAGCCGGAGAGACGAAGAGAUGCUCCUUCAAUAGCAAGAGAUAUUUCAUGUUAAAUGAUUUCAGCGGGUCAUUUAGUCACAUCUAGUAAUUAGCAUAAAGCAGGUCUGCACUGCUGGGAUCGUGAAGGGCAAGACUAUACUUGUACUGUUUCGAAGUCAUCCUCCGGAUUUUGUUUGAAUGACCGCAAAUGUAAAACAAGUCAAUUAAAAAAAUGCACAAACGUA